UCUCUCCCUGAGUGAGUGUUCCAGGCAAGUGUUCCACGCCAGUUUCCUCCAUGGUUCUGAAUAUCCCAGGCGUGGCUGCCAUGGCAUUUUUCUACCUGCUGGUGCUUGGGACUGGACUGUGGGCGGCACGGAAGUCCCGGGCCAUGGAGAAGAACAGCGCAGGAGAUAAAAUGGAGAUGGCCUUGCUGGGGGACAGGAAUAUCGGCCUGCUUGUGGGAAUAUUCACCAUGACCGCUACAUGGGUUGGAGGAGGCUUCAUCAUAGGGAUAGCAGAGGUGGUGUAUAACCCAACCCUAGGCCUGGUCUGGGCUUUCAUGCCUCUACAGAGCUCCGUAUCCUUCAUCAUCGGUGGGAUAUUCUUUGCAAAGCCGAUGAGGGAAAAGAAGUACGUCACCAUGAUGGAUCCGUUCCAGAUCAAGUACGGCCAUGCGCUGAGCGGCGCGCUGGUACUUCCUGCCCUUGUCAUGGAUGCACUGUGGGUCGCUUGCACACUCGUCGGACUGGGGGGCACUAUGAGUGUGAUCCUGGACAUGCCUUACACCUACUCAGUGUGGAUCUCAGCAGCAGUGGCCAUCGUGUACACUUUACUAGGAGGUCUCUACUCAGUAGCCUACACUGACGUCAUUCAGCUCACCCUCGUCUUCUUCAGUCUGUGGCUGUGUGUUCCCUUCCUUAUGGUCAACCCAGUGGCCGAUGACAUCACGAAGACGUCCUUCAACCACACCUACCAGGCACCCUGGGUGGGAAUCAUAGAGAAAGGGAAGGUUUUGAAGUGGAUCGAUGACUUUUUAGUGGUGGCUCUGGGCAGCUUGUCCUUCCAGUGUUUCCAUCAGAGGACGCUGUCUGCCUCCUCGUCCUUCAAAGCCCAGGUCACCUGCUUUGCGGCCGCAGCCGUGGUCCUCGUGUUGGGGAUCCCCUCCGUUCUGGUCGGGGCUGUGGCCGCGUCAACAGACUGGAACCGUACAUCGUACGGGUCCCUAUCUCCUUACGAGCGCGGCGAGACGGGAUUGGUCCUACCCAUCACCCUGCAGCACUUAACCCCGCCCUACAUCUCCAUUAUCGGCAUCGGGUGCAUUGCGGCUGCUGUGAUGUCAUCGGUGGACUCCGGCCUCCUGAGCGCCGCCUCCUUGUUCUCCUCCAACAUCUACAAGAACGUCUUCCGGCAGACGGCCUCUGACAGGGAGAUGCAGUGGGUGAUCCGGGUGUCGGUGGUAGUGGUGGGGCUGUGUGGCACCGCUCUCACCCUCUUCAACAACAGCACCAUUACUCUCUGGGUCCUGGCGGCUGAUCUCUCCUACACCAUCAUCUUCCCACAGCUUGUGUGCGUCCUCUUUUUCCAGGUCUCCAAUGGCUACGGGGCGGUCAUGGGUUACCUCGUGGGGGGAGUGACGAGAAUGCUCUGUGGGGAGCCCACCUUCAACAUGCCCCCUGUCCUCCAUUUUCCGGGAUGUAGAUUGACGGACGGAGUCUACGUCCAGCACUCACCCAUCAAGACUAUAUGCAUGCUCCUGGCCCUGGUGGCCAUUUUGUCUUUCUCCUGGCUGGCUCAGCUUGUGUUCGUCAAGGGCUGGCUGCCUGAGAGGUGGGAUGUGUUCAAGGUGAAGUCCCAGGCGGUGCCACUGGGUGGCGCUACAGAACUCAAAGAGAAAGAGGAGAACAAUGGGCUCUCUGAGCCAAUGCUUGACACCACCAAGUGUUAAGUUUUUUUCUUUCUUUUUUUUUGGCAGAGGAUGAAGUAUACUAUUAUCUAUUGGGUGUAUCUGAAAUGUAUUUCUUGGAAGCUGAAUGACGAUGAUGUAGACAUAAAUCUUCAAAAACCCAUCAGUGACUUAACGUGCACAGAAUUAGUUCCAUUAACGUGAAAAGGGAUGGGCUCUCAUCCAUCAUAUAUCAACCGCUUUACAG